UAAUGGAAAUAUAAAUUGGCUAAUGGCUUCUCUAUCCAAGCUGUUGGUAUAGUAAAUAUUUUAUUUUACUAAAAUAUUGAAUUGCAAUUAUCAUAUUGCGAAUAGCGAAAUCCAUUUAAUUGGAACUUUUGCGUUAACUGCUACAAUUAUUAUGUAAAUAUUAAAUAAAAUAUGUUAGUCGAGUGGAUCCUGUGGUUUGAUGUAACAACUCCGUGUACAUUUCGACAACAGUAAAAUUUAGUGAAAUAGUCAUCACUGCGACUUCUAAAGUUUCCGUGGUUGAAGACUAAAAAAAAGAAAAAUUGUUGAAAAAAUAUAAGUGAUUAAAGUUUAUGAUUAAUCUGUGGUCAUAAACUGUCAAGUGUUAAGUGUCUCAAGAUGGACCUUCCGGACUGCCCUCCCGGAGCGGAGGGCUAUGAAGAUUCUGUGACAGAAGUUCCUAAAAAGCUUGAAAUUGAUGAAUCAUCAUCUAUUUGUACGAAGGCUGAGCAGGAGUUCCAGCAACAUCUAAAUAGUUUGAAGAUCGAGACUGAAGAUGGAAGCUUCCGUUGUAUGGUGGAACGUCGCGGGCGCGAUAUCUCCGGCAAGUGGAUAUACUUGUGCUAUCCGUGUGCGGCCAUGUGCAGCGGGGAGAGCAUUUUACAGACUCAUAUAUCGGGAAAGAAGCAUAAAACUAAGAUCUCCAUGAAGAAUGUUUGGCCACUAAGUAUUUUUGAGGAACAUCCAUACAUAUUGAAUGAAAAGGGGAAUACUAAGUCUGCAGCUACAGAAAAAGUGCUGCAGAAGAUGGCGGAGGAGGUAGAGAUUUACAAAAAGAACCCUACGGAGCUGGAUCUGAAGUACGACAAGUACCGCAACGUGGUUUGCCACAUCCAGGAAACACUAGAUAACGUCAAAGCGCCUUUGCUCGGUAUCGAGUACCUAGUGGAGCACCCCCCUGAGCAAGCGCACUACGAGCCCUCUUACAUCUGCGUGCUCUGCAUCAAGCAAGGUUACCCACGCACUAUCGUCAAUCAUCUCACAUGCUUCUGGCACCGAUACAAUUAUCUCCUGCGCCACUUCAGCAAGGCGUGCACGCUGCUGACGCCGUACCGCGGACACGCCAAGUACCGCGAGGGCGUGGCCGUCAUCAUGAACCGCCUCGCCACGCGCAUCCAGGACAAGUACGGCCGACUGCGCCCCAUCAACAUCGACAAGGAGGAGUACGAGAAGGACAGAAAUCAAAUUCAUCAAUGGAUCUUUCGAGGAUUUCACUUCUGUGAAACCGAUGAUUGCACAUUUGAGGAAGUUGUCGAUGCAGAUUUAAUAAACUCUCUAGAUUCAUCGACCAAGCUUAGUGAAAGAAAAACCCGUGAUCCGUCACCUCCUGUAGUCGCGGCUCCAUCUAAACCUCCUAAUUACAAUGCGCGGCGCGCGGCGGCCGCCGACGCGCUGUCCGACGUCAGUGACGAGCCCGAACCGCGCGGUAACUCCAGGAGUAAACUGGAGUCGAAGCGCUAUGAGCCGUACCCUGACAAGCGGAUACCGGAGAGUUCUUACCGUUCGCGUUUUGCCAUACGGAAUAGCAAGGCCAAGUCUCAGGAGAUGACGGAGGAGCGGCCGCGCGCGCCCAACUACGAGUACAAGGUGAAGCUGGCGGCCGAGCAGCGCGACGCGGCCGAGGAGCUGGCGCGGAAGGCGCUCGCCUACCAUGAGAAGAACCCGGAGAAGCAUCCCUUCUAUCCGGACGAGUGGAAGAAGUUCUGGAACCGACGGUACAAGGAGAUACAGGCCGAGGGCAAAGACCCGUCGAAGCAUGACUUUAAGCCGGAGUGGAUCGUAUUCUGGACGGGGCGUAUGAAGGAACUGCACGAGGAGGAGCUGCGCGCGACCGUCACCGAGAUCUAUCGACGCAUGCGACUCACACCGCCCGACCGAGUCGACGACAAGUACGUGUGUCCAGAGCCGUGGAAGCCACAAGAGCGUCGGAAGACACCAGAUCAUCGUAGGACUCCUGAUCGUCACAGGUCGUCGGAUCGUCGUCGGUCACCAGAAUACCGACAUCGAUCUCCGUUGUCUAGAAGACGAAGCCCGGAACCAAGGAGACGCUCACCUCGUCACAGGAAGAUUUCUCCAGAGGCGAAGCGCAGGAUACCCGAUUAUAGAGAACGAAGGUCUCCUGAGCGUCGCUCGCAACCGCGACGUCGGUCUCCGCUACGCUCACUGCGUACACGCUCCCGCAGUCCGAUACAUAAAGCAGAAAGCAGCCGGCGCGGCGUGGGGGCCGCCGGGGCCGCAGCGCGUCGCGCGCGCAGUCCGCUGUCGCGCCGCGCGUCGGCGCCGCGCAACCACAGCCCCGCGCGCGCGCUGCUCACCGACACCGUCCUCAUUUCCGAUGAAGAGCUCAAGCCCGACGACGGCCUAUCCCCGUGGAAUUCUGACGAUUCGCUGGGCUCGCUGCCGGAUGCUCGCUCGCCCAUCGCUCCGAACUCGCGCACCGGCAGCGUGGUAUCACGCAACUCACGUCGGCCCGACAUCUACCGUGAUAAGGCUUCCGCGCCGCAAGAUUUUGGGUCAGCUGAGAACGUGGUCGCCACGCUGAGGUUGCUGGUGGCGCUCGAAGACUACCUCGGUAGCUUGGGUCCUAAGAUAGUCGACUUGCUCACCGAGGCAUUGAAGAUGGAAAAGGACAGAGCAAACUCAUCUGAGGAGUUGCUGGUGACCGAGGCAGCGGUGGUGCUGAUCGAGACGGCGAAGGAGAAACUGAAGGGCGCGGUGCAGGCGGGGCUGGUGGCGGGCAGCGCCGCCGCCGCCGUGCGCUCGGCCGUGGUGCGCGCCGCCGCCACGCUCCACGAGGCCGACACGCGCAUGAAAAAGCGGAAGCAGCAGGAAGCAUUGAAAGCAAACAAUAGUUCGGAGGCGGUGCCAGUAGCGGGCGUGGGCGCUGUGGAUCGCGAACAGAUCGCACAACAGAUGGCCGCCGCACUCAUCGCUCAGGGAAAGACAGACGUGUCAUCAGAAGAGCUCGCGCAUCUUGUCGAUGCAGUGGUUGGGAUGGCUGAAGCAAAGAGAAGAGAAGCAGAUUCAAAGAGGAAAACUGAGGCAGGAGCUGCUAAUGAUAAAUCAACCCGGACUGCCACUGGAAGCACUGCUUCUGCCCUACAAAUGCUACAGUCCGCGUACGAUGAUAAGAAAGCUGAGAAAGAAGAUGUACCUGAUGCAAUGGAUGGUUUAUCUGACUCUGAUUUGGAAACGUUACUAAAGAAUUUUAAUGAACUCUCUGCGGAAGAGCAACAUAGCCUUAUUGCGUAUCUUAAAAAACUUGAAGCUCGUGAACCACAACGCGUUGAGAGGUUAAGGCAAUAUGUAGGCGCUGCGGCUACUAAUGCUCCGACCACUGAAGAAAAGACUUCUCACUCUGUUGAGGAUAAACCCCUUAAUAUUGCAAGUGACGACGAUGAUGAUUAUACUGUUGAAGAUGUAUUUAAAUCUGCUACGCAAAAAGUUAAAGAAGAUCAAAUUCGUCAAGAAAUGGAGAUAGUAAAGAAAUCUCUUGAAGAGUCAAAAGCUUCUCCUGAGGUGGUUGAAUCUACUAUAACGACUGCAAGUUCAAAUGAUGUUAAAAAAGAUAUAUUUUCGGCAACUGACCUUUUAGCAUUAGUUCAAGCAUCGUUGCAAUCCACACCUGCCCCAACUUCAAAUCCAGCAGUGGUAUCUGAUGUUGUUACUAGUAAUACACAGCCAAGGUCUUUUGGUGAUCUACCUGAGCCAUCGUUGAUGGAAAAACCGAAUCCACUUUUAAAUCCUCAACAAUUGCUUACUCAAACAAUGUCUAAUCAACAAGGACUACUUAGAACUCCAAAUAUACCAAGUUAUAGUGGGAACCAUAACAAUCUAGUUGAAGUACGUACACCAGUAUGGGAGCCUAGACAAACAUCAGAUAUGUCAGGACAAGUUAAUAUACAACAUGACAAUUUGUUGUUGAAACAGCCUCAAGAUAGUUAUAAUAAAGUUCUCCUAAAUAGUGGUGAUCAGAACCCACGUGGAUCACAAGACAGUUAUAUUCGAGAGAAAUGGGAACACCAAGGAAAUAUUAAUCAGGGGUCCAGAAAUGAUCAGGGUAAUUUUCAUCAAGUGUCACAAGGAGUGCAAGAUAAUUAUAAUCAAGGGGUAAGAGGAUCACAGGAAAAUUAUAAUCAAGGAUCACCAGGAUCACAAGAUAAUAAUUACAAUAAAGUAUCACAAGGACCACAAGAUAUGUAUCUUCAAGGUUUAAGAGGAGCGCAAGAAAUUUAUAAUCAAGGUUCAAGAGGACCUUCAGACAAUUAUAAUCAGGGGUCGAGAGGAUCUCAAGAAAUUUAUAAUCAAGGAUCCAGAGGACCUCAAGACAAUUGUCUUCAGGGAUCAAGAGGAUUUAAAGACAAUUAUAAUUUAGGAUACAGAGGAACUCAAGAUAUUUAUAAUAAUCAAAAGUCAUUUGUAUCUCAAGAUAAAAAUAAUCCAGGGCCACGUGGACCUCAAGACAAUUAUAAUCAAGGAACACAUGGACCACAAGACAGUUAUAAUCAAGGACAACAUGGACCACAAGAGAAUUUUAACCAAGGGACACAUGGACCACAAGAUAAUUAUAAUCAAGGACAACAUGGACCUCAAGACAAUUAUAAUCAAGUGCCACGUGGACUUCAAGACAGUUAUAAUCCAUCACAAAAUAACUUUAAUCAAGGACUAAGAAAACCUCAAGAUAAUUAUAAUCAGGGACUUCCAAGUUUACUAGAUAAUUUUAAACCUGAAUUGAGAGGUCAAGAUCAGACAUAUGGUGCAAUAAGAGGAACAAAUAAUAACUCAUUUAAUCAAGGUAUUAGAGGUAAUUUUAUGGGCAACAGAAUGCAAGACAACUUUAAUAAUAGGCAAGAUGUAAAUCAAAUGCAGCAGUUUAGUGGGCAGAUACAUGGAAAUUUUGAGAAGAAUAACUUUAGGGGCAGAGGCAGAGGUUUUGCAAAGCAAACAAGAGGACGUGGCCGCGGUUUUUAUUAAAAACUAAAAUAUUUUAAAAAAAAUUCAUUGUGUGUUAUAUUUAGUUUCCUGAUUUAUAAAUUAAAUAAAUAGGAUUAAAGAAAAAAAAGUUAGAUUUGAUAUUAUUUUUAUUGUUGUAAAUAAUAUGUACAUUAUAAUGGAAAAAGGAAUUGUAUUUACAAAUAAUAGCCUUAUUACAUAUUUAGUUCUAGUAAGUCCCCAUUUCCAUUAAAGCAUCAAUGUGUUCAGUUUCUGGUAAGAUAUCGAUUUCCACAGGUUCUGGUUUAAUGGUACUUCCAUUUUUAUUAUCUAGACGGAAAAAUCUAAACAAUUUAGAUAAGUUAAUUA